AUGGACGAUUACUUAGAUGAAGAAUAGUACUUGGGAUUAGAGGAUGAAUAUGACAAUAGCAUCUAUAAUAAUGUCACGUUAUUGAGUGCUAAUGACCUUUAUUAAGAAUUCAAAGAUCGGCUAGAAAUUAUCAAAGAUAAGAUUGGAGAGACAUCUUAAGUUGUUUUAAAUAUAUUAAUCUUUUUCAAUUUUGAAGUUAAAACCAUAUAUGAGAAACUGUUGCUAAAUGAUGAGUUUGAAUAAAUCAAAGUUUAACUUGAAGAAUAAGGCAUUUACAAGGAAUCUAAAGUGAACAUUAAUGACAACCUCAUUUGUUCAAUAUGUGAAUAGACUAAUGCUUAGGGUUUUAGUUUAAAUUGCAAUCAUAAGUUUUGUAAGAGCUGUUGGAAUCAAAUGAUUGAGAUCUAAUUCUCAAGUUAAAUACCUUUGGUGAGAUGUUUACAGGAUUAAUGUUUUGAGAGAUUGCCUCAUUAGUUUUUAGAAUAAUACCCUAAAUAUAAGUAAAUAUUGAUUAAGAGAUUCAUGCAACAUGAUGAUUAAAUUACUUGGUGUCCAGGAUUGAAUUGUGAGAAUGUUUUUAAGUGUUUGAAUUUUUCGAAUUCAAUUAAAUGUCCCUGUGGUAUCAAAUUUUGUUCUAAAUGCAGAAAUGAAAAACACCAUCCAAUCCCAUGUGAUAUUCUGAAAAAAGUCUUAGAAUACCAACAAUCAAAUGAUUAUUGGGCAAUUUUACAUGCCUCAAAGUGUCCCUAAUGUGGAAGACUAAUCUAACGUACAGAGGGUUGCUUUCAUUUGAAAUGUUUAUGUGGAUAACAUUUCUGCUUUAAAUGCUCAGGACCAUGGGCAAAGGAUCAUGAGCAGAGUUUUUAUACAUGCCCUUAUAUGAAUACAAAUAAGAAUCCAUCUAAAUAUGCCUUAUAGUUGAAGGAUGAACUGUAGAGUAUCAAUAACAAUAUUCGAAACAUCGAAUAGUCAGUAAAAACUUUGAAAUAGUAAGUUAAAAAAGUCUUGUUAGAUGAUCUUUUAGAGUAUUCAGAAAAGGCUAUUUAACUUUUCAAAACAUCCAAAUCAUUUUUGUUUUAUAAAUUCCAUUUAAUGGAGAAUAAGGAUGUUUAAAUGUGCGAAUAAACAUUCUAAUGUUUUCAAGAGGAAUUGAAUAGUUGCUUAAUAAUUAUUCAAAAGAAGGUCUUAGAAGUUCAAGACAAUGAAUCUUUAAAAGAGAGAACGAUGCUUGAAUACAUCAAUUUCGAGGAUUCAGAAAAGAAAGUCUUAAGAAAUUUAAAAAUCAAAAAAUAACUUAUAAAACAAUAUAUAAUUGAAACUUUAAUUAAGUGA